CGAGAAAUUAAAUAAUUGGCUCAAUUCAUUGAAAGGGGCUUUGGAUAAUAUAUUAACGCGUCAACGAUUUAAAUAUGGCAAAUCAGAAGUGUCAACUUAUUUAAUCAAUGCUCCCAUAAUUUUGGUAGCAGACUCUUCAUUACCUUCUUUAGACGCUUGGGGUACAAAUCCGGAUACAACAAGACUAUUCGUACUAAAAGAGGAAAAGCCUAUUCAUCAAAUGAUUUUCUUUGGCCCUCUAGUGGAGCAAUUAAUAAUUAUAAUCUGGCCUAAUGAGGAAAAAUUAAAGUCUAUAGAGGAUAGUUUACUCUAUUGGAAAAAGAAAGAAGUUUCUAUUCGAGUUACUUUGGUAUUAAAUGAGCCGGAAUUGCCAUCAGAGAGAAAAGAGGCAAUACAACAGUGUAGGAAUCUCGUUGACUCAUUUGACAUUGGCUUUUAUAGCUACGAUGGAAAGUUAGAUAAAUUAAAAGAAGUUCAGGAGAGAAUGGCUUUGACCGAUUGUCUACCUGAAAUUGAAGAUAAUGAAGAAGAAGAGAGUGAAGAAGAAGACAUGCCUUUAGUGGGGUAUGUAAAGGCUAAAAAGAAGAAAGAGGAAAAAUUAUUGAAGGUGAAAGAAUUGAAAGUUCGCCGGGAGCGACAGCAGCAGCGGGCGUCGCUCCGGGAGUUACGCCAACGACAACAGCCAAGAACUUCUCGACGACUGAGUAUGAGUUCGUCAAGCAGUAUUUUAUUACUUUUGGUUUGUCUACUCUUUUUUGCAACAACAAUUUUGGCAAGCUGGGAAUGCACUGAUUGCGAGCCGUUUUAUCCAGCUACCGCUGAAAAGAGAGGUGCUAUGGCCAGGCCUAUUGGAGGUUUGCGUUUAAGUAAUACUGAAGAAAGUUUUGAAAGAUUGGAUGAUUUAAUAAGGUCUGGGAAUAUCAAUGAAGGUCGAAAGCCCGUUUUAUGGUGUGGCAACAGACCCAAUACUUUAUGGACUUUUCCAAAUAGGCAGAACUCACCUUUCUGCCAGGAUUUGAGCUAA